AUGAUCAUUUUUAAAGAGAAAAUUGUCUACUACAGCCGAACCGUCGUACAUGGACCGUGUACAGAUAACUUGAGCAAUUUUGCAGAGCUGCUUUUAUGGAUAGCUCUUAUCUACAUGCUCAUUGCUGGAGUACUCGGUAUGCAAAAACAGGGGCGAAAAUCAACGAAGACUCGCCGAGAGGCGAAACAACUCGCACAUACUGUCCAAGAAACUCGAGAAAAACUGCUGAAAAUAUAA